AAAUGUAUAGAACAGUGAAGAGCACUGACAGAGGAACAGGUCAAGGGGAGAUAGAUGUUGGGCUGAAACUGCAUAUUACUCCAGAAAUAGAAGAUGAUGAAAAGGCUGAUAAUAAUCAAAGGGCUCAAUGGAAAUCAUCAUCAUCAUCAUAUCCAGACAACCUUGUACCAAGUCCUUCAUGCCAGCAAGAUAAUUCCACUUCGACUAAUUCCCGAGCAGGGUUCGAUUUAAUCACGGUAAAUGAAGCUGAGGUGGCGGACGAGAAAAUGCGAUUUUCAGACAAGGAGAAGUUAGAUAGUAGUUUGAGUAGAUUGUCUUCUGGUUCUUCUGAUGUGUUGCUUGAUCUAGAAUUUAGCCUAGGAAGGCCAAGCUGGCAAAUUGAACCCUCUAAUUCCUCCCUUCUUAGAUGUUAAUUAAUCCUUUUUUUUUUAAUGACAGACUAAUUUAUUAAUGAUUAUGUCUAAUUAUGCUAAUUAAGCUAGUGAGGAAAAUCUGUGUUUUUGGGAAUUCUUUUCAAUUUUGUUUAUGAUCUUAACAGCAAAAAAUCAUGAAAUUAUUUGCAGAGCUUAACCAUGGUUAUAUAUGGAGGCAACCUGCGAUUCGGAGAA